AUGGAAAAAAAAUAUGCUAAAUAGGACUUAUUUUCACAAACUUUCAAUAAGUACCUUGUAACAGAACUAGUAUCCUUCUUCGAUUUUUAAACUGCUUUUCCAACGCUGGCGCUGCUAAAUUAAAAAUGGAAUUAUUACUUCAGUGACAAAGGCUAGGAUUACGUUUGGAAAUAAUUAUUUACCACUGAAUUUUUAAUGCUAGAGUAUCCAGAUCAUAAGAAGCUGGAAAAUGAGACCUAUCGAGAGUACUUUUAAAGAUCAUUUCAAAGAUACAAGCAUUUCAGGUAAUUGAUUAGCGGAAUAAUAGACUUGACCAACGCAAAACGAUCUAAGAAAUAGUAUGGCUUCCUUAGAGAUUUUAGAGAUCGCUACGCACCUGAAUUCUUUAUAUAAGAAAUUGAAAGUAUAACAUUCCAAAUUGAAUGCAUCUACAAAAACUUUAAUGAUCAAGAUCCUAAUCAAAUGAUUCAUGAUCCUGAUGAAGAAAAAGAAUUCUUCUCUAAUUUUAAACUGUGGACUAUAAAAAUUGCGCAACAUAACUUGCAAUAGGUGCUAUUAACCCCCUCAGCCAUUCUAAACUUCAGAAAUAUUAUAGAAUCUAAAUGUGGCAUUCUCGGGUUCCCGUUUACUCACACCAACAGAUAUCGUUAGGUCACAUUUAUUGAUAACAUGAAUCAGUUUGGCAGAGGGUGUAACGCAAUCUACUCUGUCCAGGGAGUUGACCGGACUUAAGCUAUGUAUGUUUUUGACUCCCCAGAGACAUAUCUAACUCUCCAUUAUAAUGUGCUAAAAGGAGAUAAACUAUGGUGCAAUGAAGGUGAAAUAUCAGUUUUCAGAAAAGAUCCGAAAGAUUUUUUCGGUAGUGUAACGGUGACCAAUGGUAUCUAGGUAUAAGCGUAGGCCUGGCUAAUACACCAGUUCUGCAAGUUGGACAAGGAUCUAUUUCCCGAUGCUCCAACGUAUGCCUUCGUUUACCAACAUAGAAUCACUAUUGAUUAGAUAACUGGCCGUGAUAGAUUCAAGCCAUGCAAGCUGAUUGUAAUUAUUGUAAAUUGUAACAUAAUAUUUUAGUCAAGACAUUGGAGGUUUUACAACUCUUAAGAAAGUGUAUUAUCAGUUGGUCCAGGGGUUCAGGGUAAGCAGCCAGUAUUCAAAACACCUGAUGAUUUCUAUAUCUACCAAACAUGCAUAGAGCGUAGUGACCUUACUUCUUUUAUGGAAGGUUACUAUUUGUUCAGAUUUUUGAGAGAAGGCGAAGAAGCCACAGAUGAAGAGGAAGAUCUACGGACUUUGGACUAAUCUUUACUCUUUCAAGUAUUUGUAUAGCCCAUCCAAUUUAGGCUAUUUACCGGAUUCGAAUUUGUAUAAAACCCAAAUUUUUAACCACAUAUGAUUGAUCAGUAAUGA